AUGUCUUCAAGUCUGAGAUUGGAGAAGGUCUAUGAUUCUGAUCCACUGACAUAUUGGGAUGUGGUAGAAAUAUUGAAGAAAGAAGUCAGCGAAGGAAGGGCCAAAAAAGGCCCUACUUGCAGUAAAGCCUUUGUUUGGCUUACCAGAUCUCUUGAUUUUUCAGUAGCUUUAUUAAAAUUACUUGUCAAGGAUACUGAGAUGAGUAUCGAACAAGCCAUCGAAAAGUCAUAUAAUAUCACUCUUAAGCCAUGGCAUGGAUGGAUAUCUUCUGCAGCAUACAAAGUAUCACUCAAACUAGUGCCCGAUACCAAAAGUUUGAUAGAUAUUCUGAAGGCCAAAGAUGCAAAUGAUGAUAUGCUUAAAAAAGAAGUGCAAACCCUAAUUUCAUUACUUGUACCUGAGUUAGAACGAAGCUAUGGUAUCAUGAGAAUGUAUGGGCUGGAUAAGUUGAAAUCUACCUGA